GGAACUAUUUAGACAAAAAUGUUCUUCUGGCUUCGUGAAGCACUUUUAUUUUUAAGUAUGUUUUGCUUCAAUGACAUACCAUUCUGCCAGUUUUCACUUUGGAUAUUAUAUCAGUGAUAAGAAUUAAACUUGUAUUGAGUCUGAAGUAUGCAGACGUAUUAUUGGCGGGAGCUGUUGCUUUUGGGAGCUUUUCAUAGUCAUGGUGCACGCGCUAAACUCAGAGUCAGCCUACUCAGAGUUGACUGAACUUACACAAUACAGCUAUUCUGAACCCCAAAACUCAGUUUUCAAUCUCAGAGUAAUUCAACUCAAAUUUCAAGUUUUAACUCGGAGUUGGUUGAACCUCCUUACUGAAAUAUCCCCCUGAUCGUGUGAUGUUGAAUAUAUUAUAUAGUAUAUUUAUGUAUUUUUUUUCUACCACAUUAUGUUUGUUUCUUUGUGUGUGCUGUUGAUUGAUUGAAUAGGAAACAUCCCACUGGAUAAUGCACUGAUUGUAAUUUGCAAGAAACAGUGAGGCAUAUACUGCUAGACUGCAACAAAUAAGAAGAAUUUAGGGCAGAAUUAAAGGCACAAAUAUAUGAACAAAACAUGUAUUGGGGAAAGCAUCUGGGAGAAUACACAAUUUAUUAAUUUUAUUUUCGAAAAACACUGGGUUAAGUAAAAAAUAAUUGAAUACGAAUAUAUAAUCUAAGGAAGAUAAGUAAAGUUUACUGGAAAUGCAAGAAAUGUUUAAUUUUAUUUUAAAAGGUUGUAUUUAAUUUUAAUCAUCCACCUUUCAUUUGAUGUUACUCUAAUACCCAAACUCCAGUAAAGUAGGUGGCGGUAAUGCGCCUUUGAGAUGAGUUGUCAACUGCCAUUAAACCUGGAAGAAGAAGGUGAUGACGUCAUCUAGCGCGCGCUCAGCCAGAGUCGAGUCUCGUGAGGCGAACAGUUCGCGGUACUUCACGUGUUUACUUUAUUGUAAAACACACUUAACCGUUUAAGCAACAAAGAGACUCGUCAGUAUUAUCAGCUGAUGAAAAUCAUUUUUAUUUGUUUAUUUCUCUACAAGAUUUAGAUUUGCUCCUCCUUCAGUGAAGCUCCUCCCACAACAUUUGCACAUUCAGUGAAGCUCCUCCCACAACACGCACAUCUUCAGUAAAGCUCCUCCCACUACAAUCAAACUUUCGGUGAAGCUCCUCCCACUACAACCACGCCAUCAGUGAAGCUCCUCUCACUGCAGUUCAUCAAUAAAUGCUGGAAUAUUCCCAUCAGUCUACAAGUGAAGACCAGCAUCAAAGCAUCAGGAAGAAGUGAAAUCUGCAGAGACAGAGUUUAUUGAAGAACAGAGAGAUCAAGAACCCUGCAGAAUGAACCAGACUGAAGAACAAACAGAGCUGAUUGAAGAAAACGAGGAGCAUGAAGAACUGAAUAAAGAGGAGGACAAACAUGUCAAAACUGGAGAAAAACCUUGCUCUCAAAUCAAACAGAAAGAUUUAAAGAAGAAAAGAGAUGAGAAAUCUUUCAUCUGCACUCAGUGUGGAAAGAGUUUGGGAGGCAAACAGAGUCUUGAAAAUCACAUGAGGAUCCACACUGGAGAGAAACCAUACAGAUGUGAUCAGUGUGAGAAGAGUUUCACACAAUCAGCAAACCUUAAGAUGCACAUGCACAUUCACACUGGAGAGAAACCUUACAAGUGUUCACAUUGCGACAAGAGAUUCAGUGUGUUAGGAUAUCUGAAAACACAUGAGAGGAUCCACACUGGAGAGAAACCAUACAGAUGUGAUCAGUGUGAGAAGAGCUUCACACAAUCAGCAAACCUUAAGAUGCACAUGCACAUUCACACUGGAGAGAAACCUUACAAGUGUUCACAUUGCGACAAGAGAUUCAGUGUGUUAGGAUAUCUCAAAGCACAUGAGAGGAUCCAUUCUGGAGAGAAACUGUUCACAUGUGAUCAGUGCGGGAAGAGUUUCACAGCAUCAUCAAACUUUAAGAACCACAUGAACAUCCACACUGGAGAAAAGCUGCAUGAAUGUGAUCAGUGCGGAAAAACAUUUUUGUGGUCCUCAGCACUGAAGAAUCACCUGAGAGUUCAUUCAAAGGAGAAACCACAUUCAUGUUCUUUGUGUGGAAAGAGUUUUUCACAACUGCAGAGUUUAAAAGUACAUCAGAAGAGACACGCUGGUGUGAGAGAAUAUAAGUGC